CGGGAGCGUCAUUCAUGCCGCCAGCGCGUCGAGUAGCCCCGCAGGUAUGAGAAACCAGAGCAACAGCAAGUAAAUUAAAUCCUCUGCACCGUGUUGACAGAGCGUGGCUGUGAAAUGUUUAAACAUGGAUUUGCUGUAUGGUCCAUUGAGCUUGGGUGUAGUAGCAGGAGUGGGCUGUGGGCUGUUCCUCGGUUGGCACCUUCGGGGACGCUUCCGUCCAGCAUCCAAAAGCAUCAUGGCGGCGAUGGGGAACGGCAACAGUGAGGCAAGUGUGAUGGGAGAAGGAGGCGAAUUCAAGAUGAUUCUGGUGGUCCGUAAUGACCUGAAGAUGGGCAAAGGAAAGGUUGCUGCCCAAUGCGCACAUGCUGCUGUAUCAGCUUACAAGCAGGUCCAGCGCAGGAACCCAGAGCUUCUCAAACAGUGGGAGUACUGCGGCCAGCCCAAGGUGGUGGUGAAGGCCCCUGAUGAGAACACCCUGAUCGAUCUGUUGGGUCACGCCAAAGAAGUAGGGCUUCCUGUCAGCCUGAUCCAGGAUGCAGGAAGGACUCAAAUUGCACCUGGGUCUCGCACUGUGCUGGGUAUUGGUCCAGGCCCAGCGGAUCUGAUUGAUAGUGUUAGUGGAGAGUUGAAGCUCUACUAGGGUUCCAGCUUGCACCUGUUGGACUUGCAUACAAUUUCUUUGUUGUUAAAACCAUUUUGCAAACUAAACUAACUUGAGCUACCAUGAGUUUAUAUUUUUAUAUAAGAACAACCGACUCAAUUACAUGUCAUCUACUUGAAUUUAUUGUGCAGUUCUGGGGGUUUUAUAGCAGUAAUAACAGUUUAAUGUGUAUUUCUUCUUCUUUUCUGAAAGCUAUGACCUGGCAUAAACACAGUCAUGCUGCUGUCCUCCACGCCAACCAGUCUGAGACACGAUGCUCACAGGAAACGGAUGAUAAACAUGAAUUGUGUCAAAUAUAAACAGCAAAACAGUAAUUGAAUAUUAUUGUUGUUGGUCUCAGAAUCACAGCACUGCAAAAUGAUACCGAGCUAUGAUCCCAAAAUGUGUUCUCUCCAUGAUAAAAAUCACAAUCUACAAAAUAAAUUCUGAAAGUUCA